AUGGCUAAGAAGGCGCGCCAGAGAAUCAGCUACGUUCUUGAGAAUGCCAAAUCCUCCGAGGGUGGCCAUCGCCUAGGCGUCAAUGGUCUUGCCGUUGAUAACGACAAUGCGAUUCUAUACUCAGGUGGCCGAGAUGGCAUAGUAUGCGCCUGGGAUCUAAACCUCGAUCUCAAAAGCCGCAGCGAUAUCACCGAUUCGACGCCUGCCACCUCCGAAGACAAGAAGCCGAAGCACACGACCAAGUUCCGCGCUCAAACUCAUGCCCACAUGCACUGGAUCAACGAUAUUGCUCUCGCUCAGAAAAACACUGCACUAGUCUCUGGCUCGUCCGAUCUUACAGUAAAGGUUUGGCGGCCAUAUUCCGAGGAGGACAAUACCCGCGUUGAGACGAUAGGCGAGCAUGCCGAUUAUGUCAAGUGUGUUACAACCCCACCUCAAGAUAUGGGCGCGAAUUGGAUCGCAUCCGGUGGUCUCGACCGCAAGAUAUGCCUGUGGGAUCUCAAUGGCGCUGGCAAAACACUCGAGAUCGAUGUUCAGGGUGAGGAAAUUCCUGAGAAGGGGUCAGUAUAUGCUUUGCGUGUUGGGCGAAACAUUUUGGCAAGCGGUGGCCCAGAGAAGACAGUACGCUUGUACGAUCCCCGAACGGGCAACAAGGUCUCCAAACUUGUUGGACAUGUCGACAAUAUCCGGGCCAUUUUAAUCGAUGAUGCUGGCGACACAAUUUUAAGUGCUAGUGCCGACAAAACUGUCAAGAUGUGGAGUAUCAAGAACGGUCGAUGCAUGUACACAUUCACCAUGCAUGACGAGAGUGUUUGGUCGCUUUUCUCGGAUGACCCAAGCCUCGGCGUCUUCUACAGUUCUGAUCGCUCAGGUUUAGUAGCCAAAACAGAUGUACGGGGCAGCCUGGAGGAUAUGGAUGAUGGUCUGAGUCUUGCUGUCGCCCAUGAGCACAUUGGGGUGUGCAAGGUUGUUGCUGCGGGAGGGCAUAUUUGGACGGCAACUAACAGGUCAUCAAUCAACCGGUGGGAAGACGUUGAUCCUGGCACCAACAUCCAGCUCCCAGAAACUGUUCAACGCCAUCGGGCUGCAUCAAAUGCCUCCAAUAGACCACGCGAGACUUCUCCCCCGGCUGUUAAUGGGGUUGCCAAGAAGGAAAUUCCUGCUGAAUCUAUUUUACGUAUCUCUGCAGCUGCUUCGUUCCCCGCACGAUCUGGGCCGGACCCCGAUUCCACUACCAUUACGGAUGGCACAGCACAUAAAGGGUCAGAGGCUAUCAUAGACUCUGGGGAGUCCGAUGUCAAGCCAAUACAUGCAGUGGCCGAGGAAACUAUUGAAGGACAAUUCGGAUUACUCAAACAUAAGUUACUCAAUGACAGGAGACGAGUUUUAACGUCAGAUACUGCUGGCGACGUAUUGUUAUGGGAUCUGAUUCAGUGCAAACCCAUUCAAAGUUUCGGCAAGCAACAUUUGGAGGACGUGGAGCACAACGUGAACACUGUGGAGGCUGUAGCUCCAUGGUGCUCUAUUGAUCUCAGUUCCGGGAACCUUACUGUGGUGCUGGAACCAUUCAACUGUUUUGAUGCUGAGGUAUAUGCAGACGAGCUGGAUCUGCCAGGAGCUAUAGAAUUCCGGGAAGAUCAAAGGAUCAGUCUCGGAAAAUGGAUUCUUCGGUAUCUCUUUGCAGAUCUAAUCGAUGAGGAGAUUAGAAGAGAUGAGGCACACCGUCAGAAACUUAACGAGGGUAUCGAGCCGAGGCAGAUCGCUGUCGGGGGGGCUGCUGAAGCUGCACCGUUAACCAUUUCGUUACCAAAGUCAAUCAUGCCAGACUGGGAUAACGGGGAUCAGGUCACCCCGAAACCCAAUCUCAACCCUUAUCCCAACACUCCUGGGUUAGGUAUUGGUCUGGCCACUCCUGGCCCGAGCAUCAUGUCGGGUCCGAACAGCUUGCCUGAUGUUCCUGAGAAUGCUGCGACAAGUCCGAUGACUCCUAUAGAAAGAAGAACAUCGCAUGUCAGUCGCCCUUCAACGGAAAGGGAGGACUACUUCACCAGUCCCUUGCAACUACUCGAAUCUGCAGCCAAGGCAGCGAGCAUGGUGUCGACUCCGACACAGGACAAUGCGGAUUCAAAAAAGUCCAUAGAUGGUGGUGAUAAAGAGAAAGAUAAGGAUAAGGACAAGGCUGACAGUGCAAAAUCACCAAGCACUCCGUUUAGCAAGAAAAAGUUCCGAAUGACAUUUGGCACUAAAAAGCUUUCACGGUCGGGUUCUCAGGCCACCACAGAGAAGCCUGCUAUCGUGGAGGAAAAGGCGGAAGAGUCUGAGUCCUCGUCUGUUCAUGAAAAGGAAAAGGAGGUCGAUGACAGUUUCUUCGGUGUCAUUCAAAAGAUCCAUCAGGAAUACGACCGUCAACUGGCCGAGAAUCCUCACAAGCCAGUCGAGACUCGAGUGGUACCUAGUUUGGCUAACGAUACACCCGUCCUGAAGCUCCCGUCGGGAACCAAGGUUGUGAUCCAGGAAGAAACUUCAGGUGGCAGUGCCAACUUGUACCAGGGCACCGUCGAGAAUAUCGGCAAAGAUGCUGAUCUAAUCGAGCAGAAGGCCCCUAUGUGGCUAGGUGAUGUUCUACUUCAGAACAUAAUGCCCUUCAAGGAGCCGGUCAAGGUUUCGUUCGUCCUAUACCCUAUGGAUGACAGUCUACCAGCCAUCACUUCAGCAGAUGGAAACAACAGAUUGAACGCAAAUCGAAUGUUGCGAGUCAGAAAAAUUCUGUCAUAUGUUGCUGAAAGGGUUGAGCCUCCACUUGAGGAGCCUGAGGAGAAUCCUAUGAGGCCAGAAGAGUAUCUAGAACUCUACUGUAAUGAACAGCUGCUGUCCCCUGUAACGACCCUAGCCACUCUCCGCACCCAUCUCUGGAAGGGCGGCAAUGAUGUUGUCCUUCAUUACAAGGCCAACGGCAAAAAGGAGAUCCGACCUUUCCCUCCCCCUCCGGAACCUAAGCCUGCUGAGUCCGAUGAAGCCCAAGAGGGCUCUGCUACAGAAGAAGCAACCACUAAUGGUCAAGCUAAUGCUCUGCCUCAGGCCCAAGCCAACUGA